AUGCUCUCCUCUCUGCACCUCCGAUCRGGAGCAACGCGACGCUCCCAAAGCUUGCUUCUCACGCGACAAUCUUGCAUCAAUGCCACGAGAAAUAAUGUCCAGCGACAAUCGAUCCGCCACUUCACCAGACCGCAUCCUUCGAUCCGUCCAUCAAUCCCAUCAAUUCGACAUUCAAUCCCCUCCAUCCGAUUCGCCUCCACAAAACUCUCACCCCCUGCACAGCAUGGCUGCAUUGUUCGCUACACCUACAAGGCAUUGGCCUCGCUAGGCCUGUUCAUCCUGAUCAGUGGAGGAUUGGUGGUGGGGUUCUUCAUUUACGAUGCUUCCACCUACAGGGACGAACCGGAUAGUGCUGAGUUGUCCGUGUCGGAAAUGGCAUUGAACCCACGACGAGGAGGACCAAAGAAUCUGCCGAUUGUGGAAUAUCUAGUGGAUGACAACGAAGAUGAGCAAAUGGCUGAACAGAAGCAUAAGCCGAAAUUGGUGAUAUUGGGGACUGGAUGGGGCAGUGUGGCUUUGCUGAAGCAACUCAUUCCUGGGGAAUACCAUGUUACUGUUGUCUCUCCCUCAAAUCACUUCCUCUUCACGCCAAUGCUUCCUUCCGCAACUGUCGGGACGCUGGAACUGCGCAGUCUGGUGGAGCCGGUACGCAAGAUUGUCAAGCGGGUCAAGGGGCAUUUCUUGAAAUCCGCUGCCGUGGACAUUGAUUUUAGUGAAAAGCUGCUGGAAUUGGAGAGUGAAGGCCCGAAUGGAGAGAAGCAACGAUAUUAUCUCCCGUACGACAAAUUGGUCAUCGGGGUAGGAUCCACCACCAACCCACACGGCGUUCAAGGACUGGAGCACUGCCACUUCCUCAAGGACAUCAGUGACGCCCGCCGCAUCCGCAAUGCAGUCAUUGGCAAUCUCGAGACGGCGUGUCUCCCAACCACUCCGGAUGAGGAACGUCGUCGGCUGUUGUCUUUCGUCGUAUCUGGAGGCGGUCCUACAGGAGUGGAAUUCGCCGCCGAACUCUACGACAUGCUGAAUGAAGACCUCAACCGGUACUAUCCUCGUCUCCUCCGGAAUGAAAUCUCCGUUCACGUCAUCCAAUCCCGCGGUCACAUCCUCAACACCUACGAUGAAGCUCUCAGUAAAUACGCCGAAGAAAGACUUGCCCACGACAACGUCGACGUCCAAACCAAUGCCCGCGUCAAAGAAGUUCAAGCCGACAAGAUCAUCUUCACUCAGAAGACCCUCGAAGGCACCACCGUCACCAAAGAGCUUCCCAUGGGCUUCUGUUUGUGGUCGACCGGUGUCUCCCAAACCGACUUUUGCAAAACCAUCGCCAACAAGAUCCCCACUCAGACCAACGUACAUGCCCUUGAGACGGACACUCACCUUCGGCUGUCGGGCGCUCCUCUUGGAGAUGUUUAUGCUAUUGGUGACUGCAGCACAGUCCAAAACAAUGUCUCGGAACACAUCGUUUCCUAUCUUCGCACUCUUGCGUGGGAGCAAGGGAAGGAUCCUGAAACAAUGAAGAUCUCCUACCCACAAUGGUGUUCGGUUGCCAAACGCGUCAAGGCUCGUUUCCCUCAAGCUUCAGAUCACUUGAGACGGCUUGGGAAGCUCWUCGAAGAUUACGACAAAGAUAAGAGCGGACUGUUGGACUUUGGAGAACUCAAUGAGUUGUUGAAGCAGAUUGACAGUAAACUCACGAGUUUACCUGCUACUGCUCAAAGGGCGAAUCAGCAAGGAGAGUACCUGGGUAGGAAGCUGAACARGUUGGCUAGGGCAGAGGACGCGUUUCGAUUGAAUGAGAUGGUUGAUGGGGAUUUGGAUGAGGCAGCGUACAAAGCGUUCAGUUACCGGCAUAUGGGCAGCUUGGCAUAUAUCGGGAAUGCUGCAAUCUUCGAUUUUGGAGGAUGGAACUUUGGAGGCGGGCUGGUGGCUGUCUAUUUGUGGCGCAGCAUCUACUUCGCGCAGUCAGUGAGUCUGCGAACGAGAUGUCUGCUGGCUAUGGAUUGGUCUAAGAGGGCAUUGUUCGGUCGGGAUAUGAUGAACUACUAG